AUGUCGAUAACAGCGACAAUGACAGCGCCGGUGCUCUCGCCCGACGUCGACCUCGAGCUCAUGAACAUGGACACGGUCGUGUCGCGCGAAGCAGGCGAGAGCGAUCCCCUCCUUCUUCGGCAGAAGGUGAAGAGCGCAGCCGAGAUCGACGGUCUCCGGAAACGCAAGGCGGGCAAGGUCGCUAGCUUCUACGAGAACCAGAAUGAGCACAUCGACAACCUUCUCAAGCCCAUGGACGUGCAUACUGCUGAAGCGAGAGACGCUGGUGAAGCGGCCGCCCUAAAGGUCAAGAUCGCCGUCAACGUCAGCUUUGCGGCGAAUAUCUGUCUCGCUGCGCUCCAGCUGUAUGCGGCCAUCUCCUCCUUGUCGCUCGCCCUGUUCGCGAGCUGUGUGGACGCAGCUGACAAGACAGUGUUCGAUCCAUUCGCCAACCUGAUCCUUUGGAGCGCGCACCGCGCCUCGAAGCGCGCAAACGAGAAGAAAUGGCCCGCUAGAGGCUCCCGUUUCGAAACCAGUGUCCUUCCCUAG